UCUGCCCCCUUGCUUACCUCCUCGUAUACUUCGUAACCUUCUCACCGAAAAUGGACCUCAGUAGCUCCGACCGAACCAGAAUUUGUCACGUUGUGGCUCUGCCUAUUCCGGGCCGAGGUCAUAUCAACCCCAUGAUGAAUCUCUGCAAGUCACUGAUCGCCAAGAAUCCCGACCUUUUUAUCACCUUCGUCGUCACCGAAGAGUGGUUCGGCUUCAUCGGCGGCGAGCCCAAGCCAGAGAACCUAAAAUUCGGCACCAUCCCCAACGUCAUCCCAACAGAGAUUGGCCGUGCAAAAGACGCUCCGGGCCACUACGUAGAGGUUCUGAAGAAGAUGAAAGCUCCGGUGGAAGAGCUCCUGGAUCAGCGUCUUGUGCUGCCGGCUACCACCAUGAUAGCAGAUACUUACUUUACGUGGGCGGUUGAGCUCGGAAAGAAAAGGAAUAUCCAGGUGGCCUCACUUUGGACCAUGUCGGCGAUGAUGUACUCGGUGUUCCAUCAUUUUGAUCUCCUUGUUCAGCACCACCAUUUUCCGAUUGAUUCCUUAGCCGAGCGUGGAGAUGAGCAUGUGGACUAUAUCCCUGGAGUUCCUUCAACAAGAAUAGCAGAUCUCCCAACGUGUUUGUACGGGAAAGGCCUUACAGUAUUGGAUAAAGCCUUAGAAGCCAUAUCCUGGGUGUCCAAAGCACACUGUCUUCUCUUAGCUUCUGUGUACGAGCUUGAAACUCAAGCCAUCGAAUCUCUGAAACAACAUGUUGCGGUACCAAUAUAUCAUAUAGGCCCCACCAUUCCUUACUUCAAACUCCAAGAAAAUCUCUCUCCACAAAGCUCCUUCGACACUGCCCAUCACUUCAAAUGGCUGGAUUUGCAGCCUAAAGCUUCUGUUCUGUACGUCUCACAAGGCAGUAUUCACUCGGUUUCAAGCGCCCAGAUGGAUGAAAUUGCAGCAGGGUUGCGCCAGAGUGGGGUGAGAUUCUUCUGGGUGGCCCGGGCGGAAAGUUCUCAGAUCAAAGAGAUCAGUGGCAACAAGGGAUUGGUUGUUCCUUGGUGUGACCAAUUGAGGGUGUUGUGUCAUCCUUCUAUUGGAGGUUUUUGGUCCCAUUGUGGGUGGAAUUCUACUUCAGAGGCUGUAUUUGCAGGCUUGCCGAUGCUUAGUUUUCCCAUAUACUGGGACCAAGUCUCAAACACUAAGAUGGUGGCGGACGAUUGGAAGAUUGGGUGGAGGGUGAUCAAGAAAGACUUGGAUGCAGAAAAAAGCUUGGUGGGAAGAGAAGAAAUUGCAGGGCUUGUGCACAGGUUAAUGGAUUUGGAAAGCAGUGAGGGGAAAGAAAUGAGGAGAAAAGCUAAAGAACUUCAGAAGAUUUGUCUGCAAGCAAUACAGAGAGGUGGAUCCACGGACAGCAGCAUUGAUGCUUUUGCGUGUGACAUCUCAAGUUCGUGUCAAAGGCAUUAAUAAGACUUGUGGACAUUUCAUCAUGCAUGCCUUUGUUAUAAGCUUUCGUAUGCCACUGUUUUUAAUUGAAGAACUUGAAUCUGCAUCAAAUAUAUUUAUGUCUCGAAUUAUAA